AGGGCAUCUGAAGGCCUAGCCAUGAAAAGGAAGGCUAAAAGUGGGGAUAUAACCAGCUUUUUUGCAAAGAAAAUUCCAACAAGUACACAAGAGGAAGAGCGCAAGGGAAAUGAGGGAGAAGGCAGUAAACUGGAGAGCCCAGGAGGGUCAGUGCAGGAAAAGACUGAAGGAGACACAGAAAUAAGUGACGAAGAAGAGGAAAUACAUGAAGGAGACACAGAAAUGAGUGAAGGAAAUGAGGAAAUAAGUGCAGGAUCUGAGGAAAAAGAAGAAUCAGUGAGAGAUGAAGAGGAGGCUCCAGAUUCAGAGAGAGGAACAGACGCAGGGAAUGAUCAGGAGGAGGAGGAGGAAGAUGACAGAGAGGAAGAGGGUAGACCUGAAAUUCUCCCUGGACCACAUGGUAUGUUUUUAUUCUUCUUCUAUAUAAAUUGCCAUACAGAGGGAUAAUAUAUGUAAUGCCACAUAUGCAUUAGCUAUGUCCAUGUACUGUUCAAUUGCAUUAGAUAAUCAUAUUUGGCACUCUUUGUUUUUUAAGAUAUAUCAAAAUGCAAAGGUGAUGCAGCAGUACAGCCUGAUUUAAAGACAUUUCCAAAGACACAACAUGGAGCAGCAAAAAGAAGCUUCCACAGGGAGUGGUACAGUUCUUGGCCAUGGCUUGAAUAUUCCAUGUCUAAAGAUGCAGCAUUCUGCUUUGCAUGCAGACAUUUUGCACAUUUGAAAAACAGUGUAUUCACUUCAGAAAAUGGCUAUUCUAACUGGAAGAAGGCCACUUCCAAAGACAGUGGGUUUAGUGUACAUUCCAGAGCAGACACACAUGUGAAUGCAAUGAUUGCAUGGAGUGAGUUUAAAAGAAUGGCCAAGAAAAACACAACUGUCUUGGGAAUGAUGGGAGAUGAAAAUCAGAAACAAGUAAUCGAAAAUCAAAAGUACAUCAAAACUUUAGCUGAAACCUUGCUGUUGACAGCCACUCAGAAUAUUUCCCAACGUGGCCAUGAUGAAUCAGAAAACUCAAAAAACAGAGGAAAUUUCCUUGAGAUUUUAGAUCUUGUGAGUAAACAUGAUGCCUUAGUAAAAAAGCGGCUGUGUCAGGGUCCCAAAAACGCUAAAUACACAAGCAAAAGCACGCAAAAUGAGAUUUUGGAGUGUUUAGCAGAAAUGGUGAGAGAGGAAAUUAUAAAAGAGGUUAAAGAAAGUGAGCACUUUUCUAUUUUAGCUGAUGAGACUAAAGACAUUCAAAAAAAGGAGCAGCUAUCUCUGGUCGUACGAUAUUAUUACAAUGGUGUGGUUCAGGAGAGCUUCCUUGAGUACCAGAAUUUAGAGCACUUAGAUGCAGUAAGUUUGACAGAGAAAAUUAUUUCAUGUCUAGAAAAGUAUGGACUGGAAUACAAAGAGAAUCUGGUAGGCCAAGGCUAUGAUGGGGCUGCAGUCAUGAGUGGCAGGUGCUCUGGGGUCCAAACAAGGGUUAAAGAAGUUGCCAAACAUGCAUUUUAUGUUCACUGCAGGGCACAUUGUUUGAAUCUUGUCAUUGUGGACAGUGUAAAAAAUGUCCCAGAAGCUGCAUGUUUUUUCACUUUGCUGGAAAGACUGUACACAUUCAUGUCAGGCUCAUAUGUUCACAUUAAGUGGAUGGAUGUUCAAAAAGAAAUGUUCAGUGGUGUGCCACCACGAGAACUUCCUAGGCUAAGUGACACUAGAUGGGCCUGUCGCUAUGCUGCAUGUAGAAACCUUAUGGACAGGCUGCCUGCAGUAAUAAGAGUGCUGGAUGAAAUUUCAGAUGAGGCUAAUCCACAGAGAGCUGUAGACGCAAGAGGACUUCGUUCUCAAAUGGAUUUUAAUUUCAUAGGGCUCCUUGCAGUCUUCAGAAAAGUUAUAGGUGAAACUAAGAUUUUAUCUGAGAUGCUCCAGUCAACUAAUGUGGACCUUACCAAAGCAGCUGACCUUACUGAAACCCUCAGACAGACAUUGGAAGAUUAUCGUAAAGAGGAGAGCUUUAAUGACCUGUGGAGUUGGACUACUGCAAUGCCCUACUCGUCUGGGUCACUGGCAGGAGCCUGCAAAAGCUCCAGCCGCAUACACGGAGCUGCCCCUGCCUACCUCAGUGAUCUCCUCGACCCGCACAUGGCCCCACGAAACCUCCGCUCCUCCACCUCUACCUACUGCCUGCACCAACCCAGGGCCAAACCCUCCACAAUGGGAGACAGGGCCUUCCAGGCAGUCACCCCACGUCUAUGGAAUGCCCUCCCAGAGACCCUGAGGGCCCCACAAGCUGUGGAGGCUUACACUGUCACCAUCAUCCAGAAGGCCCAGCAGAGGAUGCGCUUCCUACACGUGAUCAGAAAGCUCAACCUGCCCAAGGAGCUCCAGAGCCACCAUCCAGUCUGUCCUCUGCUCAGCCAUGACCGUCUGCUGUGA